CUUUAUACAGGCGCAGACGUUCAUCUCUAAGCGUUUUCAUUUGGUCAAGUGUUAUGGCCACCACUACUACUGCUCCUGAUGUUACCUACAUUGCUAUGAUUGGCUUUUGGAUUAUGAUUUUGUCUUCGAGUGUGUGCGGAACUUUUGUUUUACCUGAAUUCCAAUCGGUUCCCGAAUCAGUUGUUUAUUAUGCGGCAAAUGAUCCUAUCAACAAGAUUUUGAAGAUCUGUUGUGAUAUUUGGCCGAAGUGGCCUUUAGGAAGCUUAGCCUAUUAUUCAACGCAUCAUUUUCAUCAAUUAUCUGAUAAUACUUCUAAUCAACCAUUCAAAACAAUAACAGAUAAGAUUGCUCAUCAGAGAACUAUUUAUCAUGUGCCUUCUAAUUUUACAUGUGAUCUCCAUUUAUUCAAUCAUAAUAAUAACAAUAAAACAUUGAAAUCAAAGAAUUGUCUUUGUUUUUCAAGUGUUACUAGUGUUGAAUUGUUUUCAGGUGAAAAGUUUUAUUGUUUGGCCAGUACUGAUUUUGGUUCAGUUAUAAGUAAACCAUUUCAAAUAGCAUUAAAAUCUGAAAAUACAUUUAUUCGUCAGAAACUGGUUUAUUAUUUCGGGAAUAUUGCAAUUCUUCCUUGCAAUUUGGAAAAAAUCUAUUCAUCCGAUCAAAUCUUUUUUACUUUUAACAACACAAGGAUUGCCGUUUAUUCAGUUGGUAAGUUUGUAUAUAUUUAAAUACUGGUCAUGCAUGUAAUGAUUAUGUUAUUACUUGGAAUCUUAUC